GCAGUGGCCAAAACAUCUCUAAUUCAAGCCAGAGAAAUAAACAGAAAUGGGAUUUACAUCAUCAAAAUGCUUCCUCAAAGUAUGGCUUCUCUGGAAAACUGUAUCUCCCUUCGAAUUAAAGAAAGCAUUGCAGAUCAAAAGAGGGAAGACAAGGGAUCAGACCAGACGUACAAAACAUACAACCUAGCUGAACUAAAAGAACUGCAGAAUAAACUUAUGUUAAUCAAACUGAGUGGUGAGCAAGGAAGAGAUGACAUUGUGAGAUAUGUAGAGGUUUUAGAACAAGUUUUACUUAUAGGAGACAUGAUCCUUAAACUCUUUGAU